AUGUCUGUCGUGAGUGAUCCGGGUAUGAGUGAUGUGAUUGAGUGCGCCAUUUGUUUGGACCGUUGCGUGAAUGGCGUACGCCUUCAAUGUCUUCACGUCUUCUGCUUCCUGUGCGCCAAAGGGUCGGCCCAACAGUCGUCGCACAGAUGUCCCGUCUGUCGCCACCCCAUCGCUCACGACUACUUCGACAGCCCUGACCUCAUCGGUGGUGUCGAGUGGACGGCCUCGCAGCACAUGGAUGAGCAGCACAUGUCGUGGCAAUACGAGGGCCGCAACGGCUGGUGGCUCUACGACUGCCGCACCUCGAGGGACAUACAGAAGGCCUUCAAAGCCAACGAGUCUUCCGUGGAAGUAUUGAUCGCUGGCUUCGUGUAUGUCAUAGACUUCGAGCGAAUGAUUCAAUUCAGACGUAACGAACCGAAUCGGAUCCGACGGAUACAACGACAACCCCUCGACCCAAACACCACCAAAGGUGUGGCCGGACUCCGCACUCAGUUCAGUGACACUCACACACCUGACGCUCACAGCUCUUCGGAUCCAGUUAUU